GACAAGAAGGUCUAAUUGUGACUCCUUCAUCUAAAGAUUCAAACAACAGAUUAGGUAGAAGAACCUGAAGAGGAUCUUUGUUAGAAGACCGAAGGACAUCUGCGUUCAAGGUGUGGAAAAUGGCGACUAGGUCCUUGGUGUUCCUCGCCUUGGGGACUGCAGUGAUUACCUUUGCUGUGACUGUGCAGUGCUGUCCUAAAGAUUGUACUUGCUCAGGUAAAAACCCUCUUCACCUAGUGGACUGUGCUUACAAAGAACUUCAACUGGUACCAGAGGGCUUGCCAUCCAAUGUGACCACUCUUAGCCUUUCAGCAAACAAAAUCAAAGUGUUGAAAUCCCAGAAUUUUGUGAAUGUGACCCAGACUAUGUCUCUUUGGGUCGCCCACAAUGAACUUGUCACCAUUGAGAGAAACACACUGACACCAAUGGUCCUGUUAAAGAAUCUGGAUGUAAGUCAUAAUAAAAUAGUCAAUUUCCCAUGGGAGGACCUUUCUAACCUCACUGCCCUACAGAUGCUGAAAAUGAACAACAAUGAGAUGGUCAGUCUGCCUAAGGAUGCUUUUACCAACUUGAAAGAUCUGCGCUCAGUUCGCAUCAACAAUAACAAGUUUACUACAAUUGCAAAAGGAACUUUUGAUGCUCUUAUCUCCAUGUCACACCUACAGAUUUACAACAACCCGUUCACCUGUUCUUGCAAACUGGAGUGGAUGAGGGAUUGGAUUGCUAAAUCUAAAUCUAUUUUGACUGAGCAGGACAGCAUCUUAUGUGAGAUGCCUGCCCAUUUAAAAGGUUUACAGGUCAUUAAUAUGCCAAAACUAGAAUGUCAGGCUCCAACUGUUACCAUAACCUAUCAGCCCAACAUUGAAAACACAGAAAUUCACGAGGGGCACACGGUCAUCUUAAACUGUGAAACCAAAGGAAGCCCCAAACCUGAUGUUGAGUGGGAGGUUUUUGCAGGAAACCAAUUAUUAACGUUCCCAUUGCCUUCAGUUGUUGAAAAUAGUGAGCUUCCUAUUAAUGGUGCACCCUCUAAUACAAGAUUCCUCAUCUUUCAAAAUGGAACUCUAAUCAUUCCUCGUUUGAGCAAAAAAGAAGAUGGAAACUAUAGCUGUGCAGCUACUAAUGACAUGGGAAAAGCUGAAAACAGGGUGAAAAUUGCGAUGACUGUUAAAACAGUGCUGGACAGAAAGGAAUUUAUUCACAAUGAGCCUGGUCCAAAAAUUUUUUUUGAGCAGCCCAAAAUUAUGCUAGGAUUGUUUUAUUAUUUGAAGGAUAUCCUAAGGAGAUCUGAAGUCCAUGAUCCUUACACCAAUACAACAUUUGUUUGACUGUAUAUUACAAUCACACCCCCAGUGUCACCCAUAUGAGGAUGGGUCCCC